UGUGAAGGCAUCAUUUGGCAUUGUUGUGUUGGCAGUUACAAUAAUACUUUACAGUUUGUCGUUAGGCACUUGUUAUCAUGUUUUUCUUCAGCCUAAAAGUGAAAUAGCUGCUAAUUAGCAAUGUAAAGGCUUGAGAACAAGGGGAGGAGGUGACAAACAACAGCACAGCCACCGCUUGUCCAGAAAACAAGCAGUUGUAGGCAGGAGAAGCGUAUCCCGGAACUCGAAAAGAGCUAGCUAGCUAGCUAGCUAACAUUAGCUAGCUUUUUGUGAUGACAGUGUGCUUGCUGUCAAACCACAACCCGACCUCAUAUAAGGUAACUGUAGUCAGCUAACUCGCUACUUUCGGACUUGUACCAGCGACGUUUAUUUAGUAGCUUGCUAGAUUCGUAUUCGGACCGACAUUUGAUAAAAGUUCCCGUGACUUUUAAAACACUUGUGGAUCUAGAAGAUGGCAUCAAGAGGAGGUGGAUUUAUGAAUCUGAACGUGAACCCCAUGAAUGUUGGCCACGCUGCGGGUAUGAGGAUGCCAGGUAUGCCCCAAUCUUCGGCGGGAUACUCUCGGAACAUGAACAACGCUCCACAGUACCAGCGCCCCGGCAUGCCACCCAACAGAGUCGGGGGCCCCAUGGGGUCAAUGGGGGGCCAGCUGCCUGGUCCUUCUUAUAGUGGAGGGAACAUGUCCAUGCGGCAAGGGCCAGGCAUGGGGCCUCCAAGCAUGGACACCUCUAGGAAACGGUUCCUUCAUCUGCAUCAACAGCAGCAGCAAGAGGCAUUGGGAGGCCUAAGACGAGGGGCAAAAAAACGCAAGAUGGCUGACAAGGUUCUUCCGCAGAGGAUCCGAGAUCUGGUCCCAGAGUCCCAGGCCUACAUGGAUCUCUUGGCCUUUGAAAGGAAACUGGAUCAGACCAUCGCCCGAAAGCGAAUGGAAAUCCAGGAAGCCAUCAAGAAGCCCAUUAUGCAAAAACGCAAGCUUAGGAUCUACAUUUCUAACACGUACACCCCCUGCAAGCCAGAGGGAGAGGAGGCAGAGAAGGUGUCCUCCUGGGAACUGAGGGUGGAGGGGAAACUUCUGGAGGAACCUGGCAAGCAGAAGAAGAAGUUCUCAUCUUUUUUCAAAAGCCUAGUGAUUGAGCUCGAUAAGGAGCUCUAUGGACCGGACAACCAUUUAGUAGAGUGGCACAGAAUGCCCACCACUCAGGAGACGGAUGGUUUCCAGGUCAAAAGGCCCGGCGACGUGAAUGUUAAAUGCACCCUUCUGCUCAUGCUCGACCACCAGCCUCCUCAGUACAAACUGGACCCACGGUUGGCUCGUCUGCUGGGUGUGCACACACAGACGCGGGCCAGCAUCAUGCAAGCUCUUUGGCUCUACAUCAAGAACAACAAGCUGCAGGAUUGUCACGAGAAGGAGUACAUCAACUGCAACCGCUAUUUCAGACAGAUCUUCGGCUGUCCUCGUAUGAGGUUCUCCGAGAUUCCCAUGAAACUGGCCGGCCUGCUGCAGCACCCUGACCCCAUCAUUAUCAAUCACAUGAUUAGUGUGGACCCCACAGAUCAGAAGAAGACAGCGUGCUAUGACAUUGAUGUGGAGGUGGAUGACCCACUGAAGGGCCAAAUGAACGGUUUCCUGUCCUCUACAACCAACCAACAGGAAAUUGCUGCCCUGGAGAUGAAGAUCCAUGAGACGAUUGAGUACAUCAACCAGCUGAAGACCGAGAGAGACUUUAUGCUGAGCUUCAGCAAUAAACCACAGGACUUCAUCCAAGACUGGCUCAAGUCUCAGUGCAGAGAUCUGAAGUUGAUGACUGAUGUGACAGGAAACCCAGAGGAGGAGAGGAGGGCCGAGUUCUACCAGGCUCCUUGGGUACCAGAGGCAGUGGGCAGAUACGUUUACUCCAAAGUGCAGCAGAGAAGACAAGAGUUGGAGCAGGUGCUGGGGAUCCGACUCACCUAAAGACGUAUUCCAGAGAUGUCGCAGCCAGCUACAAGUCUACUCAGUCAAAAUUGGAAUUUGCUUGAAAAAGAAAUAAGCUAAUGUUGCAGCUUAAAUAUUCACAAAGCCAUCCUCACUGACAUGGUCUGACAAACCAGCUUGUAAGUGGGAAACCUAUAAGAUAAUAGUUCUAAAAUCACCAAAGUGUCUGUGGACCAAAGUGAUGAUUAACAUGUCGCUAAUAAUAUAUUUGCCUUGCAUUGUCUGUCAUUUUGAGCCUGUUCAAAUAAUCUUUGCCUUGUCUUGCAAUAUGUUUUGUUUAUGGUUCAUUUUAAGCAUUGGUGCUGACUAGAUGUUCUUAACCAUCACAUUGUGUGCUGAUGUGAAAAGAGUCUGUUUACCUUCACAUUUGAAAGCCAUAACCAUAUAUAUAUAUAUAUAUAUAUAUAUAUAUAUAUAUAUAUAUAUAUAUAUAUAAACAUUUUAUACAAAACAUUGGAUACAACAAAUGUAUAUAUUUUAAUUUCAAAAAUAUAUUUAGAAAAGAAAAAUGUAGGAGUUUUUAAGGUGUCUCAUUACUUGGAAAAGAACUAAAAACAAUAUGCCAACAAUAUAUAUUUUUUUUAAUAGAUCGGUGGAUAUGCUAUUUGAAAUAUUUUCUGCUGUGGAAGAAAGCAGGAUUUUCAGGACAGCUCUACUUUGGGAAAAGAAUGAGCUUUUUGAUUGAGUCCACUCUGUCCUGCUGUAAUUCAGCAGCUCUUUUUUGUACUUCUUGGAUGUUUACAUUCUGUUUUGUUUGUUACUGGGGUUGUUGGGGUUAUUGUUAUGUCAGAAAGACGAACUGUGGCCGGCUGUUUGGACUGAAGGGUUCUUCCUGGAAUAUCCAUACCUCCUAAGAAGGUCAACUGGUAUUAAUAAAAUAGGAAUUCACUUGUAGUGUGUCAACUAAACAAAGCACCAAAUUGUUGUGUAAAGUUUAUAGUUUCACAAGUUAAUUUUUCAUUGAAAUGCAAUUUAGUUAAGGUUUUGUAUGAAAGGGUUUUCUGACAUUUUUCAAACAUUUCAUGUUAACAGGUAUAGUGCCAAAAUUUGUUUUGUGAAGAAGGCACUUAGAAUUUGAGACACAUAUUUUUCGUACAAUCUCUUUGAAAAAUGUUUGCAUGUUUUGUAUCAAUCAAAUGCCUUUUAUCUUUUAUACAUUUGGAGCAUUUUCUUUUUUUACAAUAAAUAUACUUACAGAUGUU